AUGGAACCAAUAUCCCGAAUCUCGUCACUGCUCGAGAAAGCUCAGGAGCUCACCCUCGACGCCGCCUCCGCCGCCCGGAGCUCGCGAAGCGCGCCCCGGUCUCUGGACAAGAACCAGAUCAAGAGGCUUCUCGACAGCCGCAAUGAGCGUGAGGUGCUGGAGGGCCUGCGCAAGGUCAUCUCCAUGAUGUACCGCGCCCAGAAGACCCUGCCCUUCUUCUCGUCCGUGGUCAAGAACGUCGCAUCGCCGAACCUCGAGAUCAAGAAGCUCGUCUACAUCUACCUCAUCCACCAUGCCGAGCAGGAACCUGACCUGGCGCUGCUGUCCAUCAACACCAUACAAAAGUCCCUGUCGGACAGCAACCCUCAAGUGCGCGCGUUGGCGCUCAAGACUAUGUCGGGAAUACGAGUGCCAGUUAUCAGCCAGAUCGUCUCACUGGCGAUCAAAAAGGGUGCUGGAGACAUGAGCCCGUACGUGAGGAGGGCGGCAGCCAUGGCAAUACCAAAAUGUUUCCGUCUGGACCCGAACCAGUCACCGCAGUUGACCGAGUACCUGUCGACUCUGUUAGGAGACAAGCAAUAUUACGUGGCCGGUGCGGCCGUCACCGCGUUCAUGGAGAUAUGCCCCGAAAGGAUGGAUGUCAUACAUAAGCAUUACCGAAGCUUGGUUCGCAAGAUCGUCGACAUGGAUGAAUGGAGUCAGCUCUCGGCAUUGAGAAUGCUGACCAUAUAUGCUCGAAAGUGUUUUCCGAGGAGGACGAGAACUGUCAAAGCUGGUGAAAAAGCAGCAGACUUGCAAGGUUUCUACAACGAGGCAGGGAACAAUGGGGACGUGGGGGUACAAGCUGUCAUCUUGGACCCCGACCUCGAGCUGCUGCUCAAUUCAAUAAAACCGUUGCUCCAGAGCAGAAACUCGGGCGUUGUUGUGGCAACAGCACGCUGCUUCGUUUCAAUAGGCACACCGGAGUACAUAAAAUCAGCCGUCGGACCGUUGGUCGCACUCCUCAGAGGCCCCUCCGACAUCCAGCAGAUUGCUCUUUACAACAUCGUGUCUGUCUGUCUACUUCGGCCAACGGACUUCGUCAAAUAUGCCUCGCAUUUCCUCAUCAGAGCUACCGAUAGUGGCCCGGUGUGGGAGCUCAAACUGGAGGUGUUGACACUCGUCUUUCCUCAUGCUCCGCCACACGUCAAAUCGCUCAUACUGAAUGAGUUGGAACAUUUUUCAAGAGGCUCCGACAAAGUGUUGGACUCCACCGCUCAUACUUCUACAGUUGUGAGGUUAGCAAAGAAUCUGGACUCUGCCACGGAUCCACAAGCCCGAGCAACCAUCAUAUGGCUCGUCAGCGAGUUUGCUGGUCUAAACGGCGAAGACAACAUCGCCGCAGAUGUCUGCAGGAUCCUGCUCAAGGGCUUUGCGGAGGAAUCAGAAAUCGCCAAACGCCAGAUACUUCUCCUGACGGCCAAGGUCUAUCUCCACCAUCUGAAUCGCGUGAUAGAAUCCAGGAAGAGCCAAGAGGCAGAAGGUGAAGCAGCCGAGCCAACAUCCCUGGAUGAAGUGGAAGACCACCCCGUUGCUCGGCUAUGGAACUACGUUCUCUUGCUGGUACGCUACGACACCUCAUACGAUCUACGCGACAGGGCAAGGUUGUUCAAAGCACUAUUGGGCGUUCCUCAGUUAGCAACACUCAUGCUCCUUGCACCCAAGCCCGCACCACAGGCCCCUAGUCCGUCUGAGACCAGGAAAGAUUUUACACUGGGCUCAGCAGCUUUGGUCCUGGCUGGUGGAGGCGGGGUGCACGGCCUCAAAGGAUAUGAGGCUCUGCCGGACUGGGUAGAGGAGGGCAGGGAGCCGGAUCCGAAGCUCAGAUCCGAGGGAGAGUCAGCCAGUAGCAGCUUUGCGUACGGAGAGAAGCGUGUUGUACCUGCUGCAGAAAGUCUCGACAGCGCGACCGCAAGGUCUGGUGUAGGCAAGGCUACUAAUGGAGAUGAAGGGGCCGGCCUCGGCAGCAAGUCGCUUGCAGACUGGCUUGCUGAAGAUGAUGGCCAAUCGGAGGAAGGCGAGAGCGAGGAAGAAGAAGACGAGGAGGAGAGCGAGGAAGAGGAAGAGGAAGAUGACGACGACGACGAAGAAGAAGAAGAGUCUGAAGAGGGUGAGCAGAGCGACAACGAGACUGGGCAAGCUGAACACGCACGACUGGUUCAAUGA